CAGAGGACGGUUCUAACUCUCCGUCUGCCGAUGACGACGAUGCUCAUGAUGAAGAUGAACAUUAUUCAAAAACCAAGAGGAACAAACUGGAGGAACCUGCGGAUGGUAAUGAGGACCUGAGAGAGAGGGCAGACGCAGAGACAUGUGACUCUCCCCCCCAUCGGACGGUUCUACCCUUAGGGCUCCGCAUCACACACUUCAGGGACAUGCUCCUUGAAAGAGGGGUUUCAGCGUUUUCCACAUGGGAGAAAGAACUGCACAAGAUCGUGUUUGAUCCACGGUAUCUUCUGCUAAACUCUGCAGAGGAGAGGAAACAG